AUGAGAACACACAAAGUACAAUUAUUAUCAACCAGAAGAGGCAAUGUAGUUAGACUCGUUAGAGAGCACUAUUUGCGAAAUGACAUUGAUUGCCGUCUUCCAGGCGCUUCAGAAAAUCCAUUUACAACUGAAGAUGCAAAAUUCGUACUAGCAAUUGAUUCUGAGACAAUUUUGAAUCAGAUUGAUGCUCUCCAGCAUCAAGCAUUCACAAAUGUUGUCAUUCUUCAAACAGUUUAUGAAAUGGUAAGACAAAAAUCAAAAUCCAUACAGAAAAACUUAGACAAACUAUUAUCAACACCAGAGAAGCAUUUUAUGCUCUUUGCAAACGAGCAUCUUCUCGAAACAUACGUAGAACAAUCUGAAGAUCAAACAAUUCAACAAAAUCAUGACGCAAACAUUAUCAAUGCACUUAAUUAUCUUCAAAAACGCUUUCCAGUCAAAUUUAUUACCAACUUUACUAAAGAUUUAGACAGAUUUAAACAAUAUAACAAUUUAGACUUCCAAAUCAUGGAUAUUCACGAAUUUGCCAAAGAUGAUGAAUCUCUUGCUUCACGUCUUACUACAGAAGAUGUCUUUGCAGCAAGCCAAGCCCCUAUUUACGAUGAUUAUCUUCCAAGUAUCGAAGUCCAAAAACUUUACAAGGAAGGCAAAGUUACAAUUGGCUAUUUCAGUGCCAUGCAACGUCAGCAUGACCAAGGCGAGCUCAGAAACGACAAAGAAACAAUAUUAUUAAAUGAUGCGAAAUCCGUCAACAGAGCACUUGAUGGCGACAAGAUUGCCGUGAUCACCAACCCAGAAUCUCAAUGGGUAGGUGGUUAUCCGACAGGAAAAGUCGUUUCCAUUCUCUCCAGGAAGUCAAGAGUGAUUUGUGGCACUGUUUUACCUCCAAAAGUCCAAACAAACGAUUGGCAGUCAUUACUUGUUGUUCCACAGCAAGAAAACCUUCCAAAGAUCAGGAUCCGGUCCCGCCAAGUCCAAGAAUUGAUAGGAAUGCGUGUACACGUUGCAAUUGACUCAUGGGCAAUCAAUUCCAAAUAUCCUAGUGGCCAUUACAUUUCAACAAUUGGUCAGGCAGGAAAUUUACAAGCCGAAAGUGAAGUGAUUCUCAUGACCAACGAAAUUCCACAUGACGCAUUCAGUGACGCAGUUUUGAACUGUUUGCCACCAAAAGAUUUCCAGCCAACACCAGAAGAAGUCAAGCGAAGAAUGGACUUGAGGGACAGAUGCGUUUGUUCCAUCGAUCCUCCGGGAUGUACAGAUAUCGAUGAUGCAUUACAUUACAAAGACAUCGAUGAAGAAACAUGCGAAAUCGGUGUUCAUAUCGCUGAUGUGUCAUUUUUUGUCAGGGAAGGAACUGCGAUUGAUUUGGAAGCCAGAGACAGAGGAACAACAGUUUACUUGGUUGAGAAGAGAAUCCACAUGCUUCCUUCUCUUUUGUCUGAAGAUUUGUGCUCAAUUAGAGGAGGAAUCGAGAGAUUGGCAUUUUCUGUUGUCGCAAUUAUGAACAAAAAGACAGCGGAAACAAUCGAUGUCAAAUUUGGAAAAUCCAUCAUCAAAUCAAGAGCGGCAUUGAGUUACGGAAGAGCUCAGGAGAUCGUGGAAGACCAGAACGACCAAAGCGAACUCGCAAAGGGAAUAAGAGGACUAUUGGCACUCUCAAAGAUCAUGAACAAAAAGAGAAUGGAUGAUGGAGCUUUGACUUUGUCUUCUCCUCAACUUCACUUCACUUUAGAUUCAGAAACAGCUGAACCAUUGAGUGGAGAAUUAUACCAACAUUUAGAGGUCAACUCCCUUGUCGAAGAGUUCAUGUUGUACGCAAACAUCGAAGUCGCGAAGAAGAUCUACGAAACAUUCAAACAAUCCGCCAUGUUGAGAAGACACGAAUCUCCAAUUGCCGCGAGAUUUGAUUUCUUAAACAGAGCUUUGAAGAGAUUCGGAGUUCAAUUGAAUCCAGACACGAAUAAGUCAUUGGUUGAGACUCUCGAUGGUGUCGGAGAGAAAGUCAAAGACUUGGACAAUAUCGUGAGAAUAAUGACAACAAGAUGCAUGCAGUUCGCCAAAUAUUUCGCUGCUGGAACACAAAGUUAUGAAAAUUUCAGACACUACGGUUUGGCCAUGCCAAUUUACACUCACUUCACUUCACCUAUUAGAAGAUAUGCAGAUCUUAUUGUCCACAGACAAUUGGCAGCAGCAAUCGGAUACGACAAAGCCACAGAUAUGUUGGCAAGCAAGUUAAUGAUGCAGGCUGUUGCAGAAAAUUUGAAUUUCAGACACAAAAUGGCUCAAGACGCAGGAAGAAGUUCUUCUCAGCUGUUCAUCAUGGAAAUGCUUAGGAGAACACCUGGAAAGAUCGAGGAAGGAAAGGUUAUUAAGAUCAAGCCAACAGUGUUCGUGAUUUUGCUUGAACAAUACGGUGUCGAAGGACACGUUCAUGUCGAUGGAGAAAAAUGGAUUUACAACGAAACAGAAGAAUCUCUCGAGAAGGAUGGAAAGAGAAUUUGUAUUUUCGAUAAAGUUAGAGUAAGAGUUAAUGUAACACCUAUUAACAUGCAUGGUAGAUCUAGAUUAGAUUUAGAACUUAUUGAAGAAUAA